AUGGCUCAGCCAUCAGGUACGGCGCCCAAAGAACCACAGAAUAAUGAUUACGAUCUCUCGAAGCCUAUCAACUCAACCUCAGGUCUCCGGCAAGGGCUGACUUCAUAUGGAGAUCCGCAUUUCUCUCUCUUUCUGAGAAAAGUAUUCAUCAAAGCUCUUGGUUAUAGCGAAGAUGCCCUAUCCAGACCCAUCAUCGGAAUCAUCAACACAUAUUCCGCUCUCAAUCCAUGUCACGCAAAUGUUCCUCAGCUCAUCGAAGCAGCAAAACGAGGCGUCCAUCUACAGGGCGGACUUGCCGUUGAUUUCCCAACUAUUUCCAUCGCCGAGUCAUUUUCAUCACCAACGAGCAUGUUUCUGAGGAAUUUAAUGAGCAUGGACACUGAAGAAAUGAUUAAGGCACAGCCUUUAGAUGCGUGUAUCAUGAUCGGAGGCUGUGACAAGACUGUACCUGCUCAAUUGAUGGGCGGGACUUCUGCAAACAAACCCGUAUUGCCUCUGAUCACUGGUCCAAUGAUGCCAGGUAGUUAUAGAGGCAAACGCCUUGGUGCAUGCACGGAUUGCAGAAACAACUGGGCUGCGUACAGAGCGGGAACAAUCGACAUGGAGGACAUAAGUAUGUUGAAUGAAGAAUUGGCACCGACUAUCGGCACAUGUGGAGUUAUGGGGACAGCAAGCACUAUGGCUUGUAUUACGGCUGCAUUGGGCUUUAUGCCCCUCAGAGGAGCAUCAGCUCCUGCUGUCUCGUCAGCUCGUCUCAGAAUAGCCGAGGAAACUGGAGCAAACGCCGUUGCAGUAGCGAAUGCAAAGCGCAGACCUCAAGAGAUGCUAUCAAAGGAGUCUUUCCUAAACGCAAUUAUCGUUCUCCAAGCUAUCGGCGGCUCGACAAAUGCUGUCGUCCAUCUUAUGGCUAUCAUUAACAGACAUCCAAAAGUGCAAGGGCAAAUCACUCUAGAAACAUUCGACGAGAUUGGGAGGAAUGUACCAUUAUUAAUUGAUUUGAAGCCCAGUGGAGAUAACUACAUGACCGACUUCCACAAUGCCGGCGGAAUGCUAGGAUUACUGCAUGUUUUGCGCCCAUUGCUUCAUCUUCAAGCAAUGACAAUCACAGGCCAAACAUUAGGAGAAGUCCUCGACAGUUCACCCUUACGGACCUUCUCAUUCUCCUCCGAGAUCAUCCGUUCCCUAUCAAAUCCACUACACCCGAACUCAUCUCUGGUAGUUCUCCGAGGAAACCUGGCACCCAAAGGAGCAGUCAUGAAAGCAUCCGCAUCGAAAGACCGCAGGCUCCUCCAACACUCCGGCCCAGCAGUCGUAUUCAAGAACGCCGCAGAUCUCGCAUUGCGUCUAGAUGACCCAGAUCUCGCAGUCACUAAAGACUCGGUCUUAGUGCUGCAAGGCAUCGGACCAAUCGGUAAUCCAGGCAUGCCAGAAGCUGGACUCAUCCCCAUACCUCGGAAGUUGGCCGCCGAAGGCGUAACAGACAUGCUACGACUCUCUGAUGGGAGAAUGUCUGGAACUGCUGGUGGAACCAUCAUCCUUCACAUUUCCCCGGAAUCUGUGGUUCCUAGCUCGGUGCUGGGAGUUGUCCAAGACGGCGAUAUCGUUACUUGUGAUGUUGAGAAGCGUGUCUUGAGACUUGAGGUAUGCGACGAGGAAAUUCAGAGACGCGUAGCUGAGCGCGAGGCUGCUGCAGCUUCUGGAAAGGGAGUUUGGAAAGAGCGGAAGGUGAAGAGGGGAUAUCGGGGCUUGUAUGAGAGAUGUGUUAACCAAGCUGAAGAGGGUGCGGAUUUUGAUUUCUUGACUGCUGCUGGCCUGGGAGAGACAUCUAUCUGA